ACGUCUUAAAAGAUAGCAUAGUUAAUUUGAUAAAAUCUAUUUUGUAAUGUUUUAGCUUUUUUCAACUAAUAAACAAAUUUCAUUUAAAUUAAAAUAUUUGCAGUUAAUAUAUAUUUAUAUCUAGCAAAACUGCAUUGUAUUCACAGUCAUUCCAAAUUAAGCAUGUAUUUUAAUGCGUCAUAUUGGAUACUUUUUGUCAACUUUCUUUUUCUAUAAUUAAAUUUUAACCUAUACCUAUUGAACUAUUUUAUGUAGAGACUAGAGACUGACCAAUUCCAUUAAUAACACUAACACUACACAUUAAAGUAGCAAGUGUGAUUAUCACCCAGUCAAUUUUUUCUUAAUUUUUUUAAACGAUUUUUUUCUUAAUCGUUAAUGUUAAAAUCAUAUAAGGAAAUUUAAAUAGACUUACAAAUUAAUAAAUUUGUUAACUUAUCCAACAAUUAGUUAAUCUGUCACAUUCUUCAUCAGACAUUUAUCUUACCUCUAAAAACAUCUUCAAAAGAAAUUCUAUAACUUCAAAUAUAUAGUUUUUUUCUCUCUAAAGAGGAAUUAUAAAACUUCAAAAUUAAAGUUUUAAGUGAAACUUCAUAUUUUAAGUUUCAAUAUUCAAAACUCCAAAUUUGAAGUUUCAUUUUUUUAUUUACAUUUUGGUCUUUAUAAUUAAUUACACAUCAUAUUUAUGAUUCUUAAGUAUUUUUCAUUUAUUAUUUUAAUCUUUAAAACUUUGUAUUUCAUAAUUAUUUCAAUUUUAUAUUUAUAAAUUCAAAUUUUACACAUAUAAUUAAAUAAAAUUUUUGAAAAGAUUUUUAAGAUUUUUAAACUAGAAUUAGACAACAAAAAUAUUACAAAAUAAAAAUUUUUUUUUAUAAAGAUACAUAAAAACAUAAUUAUUGCACAAAUUUAAAUAUUACAACAACAUUAAUAGUGUAGUAAAUUUUCUCCGGAACCUAAAUUUUGUCCAAACAAAUUUUGUGUAAUCGAAAACGGAUCAUUACGGAAAUAAUUUUAUGGAAUAAUGUGAUAUUUUACUUGUACUUUAAUAUUCAAUUAUGUAUUUCUAUUUAUAAUUUUAUAUUUUAGUGUAAGAAUUUAUUAAUUAAUAUUACUGUAAUAUUUUUAUAUAUGUGGUACUUUAAUUUAAGUUGAAGCAAAUUUCUUUACUCUCCUCUUUGUUUUUUUUUUUCCACAGAAUCUUAUCGAUGUUGUUUUUCUAACAAUUGCUAGUCUGCAAAACUUCACUUCCAAAUGGAUCAUAAUAAUUCUUAUCUUUUUUUUGUCUAGGUUGAUAUAGCUUUUAUCACAAUAUUUGAUUGAACGCGUUCAACACCUCGUUGAAGAUGCUUUGAUGUUUUAGCUCCUUUAUGAGACAGUGUAUUAGAGGAUCGUCCAGCUCCGCUCGAUGCUACAGGUAAUCCACCCGCUCUGUUCGACGGAACCACAAGGUUCUUCAUUUUCAUCCGUCUUUUAUGUUAUUAUAUAGUUCCUACAAAUGAAGAAAACAGUGUUAAUGAGAAACUUUUCAAAAGGUGAAAAAUCAAAAAACCGAGAAAAAAAGAGAGACGAACCUGGCUAGUGUUUGCCAAGUGUCAUUUGUAAACUCUACCAAAUACUCCUUCCCCAAUAAUGCAUUCUUUUCUGAAUUCUAGUGGUAGUAGCUAAGCUCAGAGAAUAUACGUUUCUGGCACAGUGUUAUCACCAGACCCUUUGCUUCUGGAUUCACUCGUAGAAGAUUUGGCCUUAGAAUCAUCUACCCAAAAAAGAAAGAAAUAAGAAUCAAGAUUACUCGGCACAAGUGUCUCAAGACCAAUGCUUUACCCCGAGGAUCAACUAAUGCAAAGUUUAGUAUUAUGGCCAUCAUGAUUAAAAAGCCAAAUAAAUUGUGACAAAAAAAAAUUGUCUCUUGUUAGGCCCAUUUUAAAAUUUUGGCAAUAUCCAAACAUUUUCCCUUUUUUUUCCCAUUCAGAAAAAAAGGAAGAGUAACUGCGAAUAUGUAACAUUUUCCUUUUUUUUUUGGGUUAUAAGGAAAAAGGAAAGUGGAAACCCUAAAUAAAAAAGAAGAUUAUAGGGAUGAAGGUUUCAUCAAAAUCUCAAAAGUUCAAGAUGGGUGAUGCAGAGAUAGUUCAAGGAGUGAAUUGCCCGAUAGCGCGAUGGAUAUAUCGAGGGAUAUGCAUGUUAGCAGUUGUGAGCUGGUUAAUUGAGCUCGCUCUAGAACCGGAGUUUUCUUCCUUGUCGGAACCGAAACAGAAAGAAAGUCCGGGCAUGUUGGUGCUUUGUUCAGCACCGUUCUUGAUUUAUACGGUUGUGGUGGUGAGGUCGUUUUACCUCCCGGUUCCAACAUCUUUUGAUCUACAAGCAGACUGGAGACUACUUUUGUCUUGUUUCCUUGCAGUUAUGACGGUAACUAUGUGCGCUGCAUCAACUCGUCGUUACGUAGAAGUGCCUAUCCUUGUGUUUUCGGCAACAUCUGGCAUCUACUCCGCAUUGCUACUCGAAUGGCCAGUCAAAGAUUUAUGCGUCCAACAUGUUGUCUACACCUAUUUUGCAGUUGCUUUGAUUGGGUACUUAGGUUACCAGCGACCUGUUUGGCCGGCUUGUCUUUUCGUAGUUGCCUUGGUCAUUGUCAAUGCCUUUAUUUUCUAUGGAGUACUUCGUCUUGAUCUCCCAAAGCCACCAGAGCCGGAAGAGGAGGAGAGGGACUACCAGGAUUCUCCUGUCUGAAUCUUAAUUUGCAGGGGUUUAAAUCUAAUAAUUGCUUUCUGUCUGUCCAUGUAAUAAGAAACCCUUCUUUGCCAAUUCUUUGGUCUAACUACUCUUUUUAAUUUUAUUUUGGGUAUCUAUACAAAGAAACUCACUCUCAACUAAAGUAUCAUAAGCUCCAAAAUAAAUUAAAGGAAAUAGAAGCAAAAGAAUUACAACUUUCACCACCAAGAGAUGUUUGAAGAGUUUGUCAAUGUUGAUCAUAUCUUGAAGCCAGAAGUUGCGUAUUGGUAUCUCAGCUUCAAGUGUUUUCAUGAGCUGAGUCGUACUAUAAUAAUAAUCUUAACCAAACUGAUCAUCUCUAAAUGAACCGUAUCGAACCCGACAAAAAUUAAAUUGGUUCGUUUUUGAGAUUUUAAGUGGUUGGGUUGAGUUUAUAUAUCACAACAACCUAAACACAUUCGCUCACUCCGCCGCCGCCGUCGAGGAAGAAGAAGCAGUUCAAGAAAGCUUUCGGUCUUUGGAACAACUAAAUAUGUGUCCAAAGCUAGGCCGUGAUUCAUGAGCUGUUCCUUGAGACUUGAGAGCUUGCAAGUGGAGUAUUGUUCAAGUUGCAAACAAGACCAUCUACUUAUCUUAAUAUAUAGUUUCACUACAAAAUUACCUUUGUAUAUGUUCAUGUUAGUGACUGCUAUUGUGUGAGUUAAUGAAAAAUCAAAUUUGAAUUUGUUAGUGAAAAAAACGCAAUGCAUUACUGUUUUUGAGUUUCGUGAAUUUCUUCGCCUACCCUGGUCUAGCCAAUAACCAAUAGUAGUAGUAAUCAAGAUGAUCUCUGUUCAGGUUAUCAGCUAUCCACCCUGGUCUUCCACCAGUAGUCGUCACUUUUGUAACAACCGUCACCAGCAAUGUGCUUUGAUAGUUCCCUAAUGCCACCUCGUCAGCGCCAAUGCCGAGCAACGACUCCUCAUAGCAUCAGGUGCUUCAGGGACUUUUCACUUUGAAUUUUCUGAAAUGAAGCAAACAAUGACUUGAAGCAUUCUUGUGAUGGGACUUCCUCCUGGUUUCUGAAGCAUGUAGAAGUUGCUUCCCGCGAAGAACAAGAGGGCAGCCACGGCCAAAUCCUAACCAACAUGGCAACAUUCAUCUGAAUCCAAACGAGAACAGGGGAAGCGAUCAUUGCACCAACGUUGGUCAUAAAGUAGAACCAAUUGAAGAAAGAGCCUCUUCUUCGUCUUUUCCUAAAACUUCUAUCUUAAUCAUUUUAUUAGCUAAAGUUUACAAAUAAUUACUACACAAGAGACUUUAUCAAACAUUAAGCACACGAGAAGUGUUAAUACGACAUAAUUUGAAUUACAUAACAGAUAUCAAAACGGAGUAUCAGAAAUAAUCAAAUUGAUUUUAAUUUUGUUAAGCUUGUUUUGAAAAUUUAAUGCAUACGCAUUAGCCCGACAGAAUAAAAAUGACAAAUAAAUUGUUUUUGUAAUUUAAUGCAUUUACAGAGAGUUAUGUUCAACAAAAGUCAAGGGAAGAGUAUAUAAGUAUAACAUUUUGUUUUCUCUAUGAAUUUUCUUCAUUCAACAAAUAACAGAAAAAUCCCGAGUGACUUUGUUAAGAGUUGUUAAACUUUAGUUUUCAGCAGUGGUAGAUCUAGAGAGAAAGGACUGGAUGCUCUAUGCACCUACUGUUUUUUUCUUACGUCUUACAUUUUUCUAAUGUAAAGUUACAUGAAUUAGUUAGAUAAUUGUGAGGAAAAAAAAUCUCUGUAAUCGGUCUUCUUUAGUUUAUGUAUCAAUUAUAAUAUACCUCUACAUUUGCUCCUGCCUGUCACUCUUUGACUUAGAAAGACGAUAAAUAUAGUUUUGUUUCUAAUAUUGGAGUAUGAUUUAUUCUAAUUGAUGGAUAUAAUGAGGUUUUUACCAUUUUGUUUCUUGUUUACUAAAAGUAUUUUUGGUCUUAAAUAUUGUUAAGUGGUUCAUAUGUCGAGUCCAUAUAGACAAAAUUUAUUUAACUAUUUAUAAAAAUCACUUUUCCCAAUUUACACCAAAAAAAAUCAGUUUCCCCAAUAAUUACUUCAUCAUUUGAAUGAAAUCAACAGCCGAAAUAUCUGUCAUAUUAAGCUAUAGCAAAUUCAUAUCCAAAAAGUUAGCCCAAAGAUAAGAUCAUUGGAAAGAAAAAAACCCCGUCGCACUCAAAUACAGGUUGACUACUUUUUAAUUCCGGACCAAACGAAUUAGUUCGGUUAUUGCUUCCAAACAAAUAUAAUCAUUUCUGUUAGAUGUUAUCCUCCAAUAUGAUUUCUUGAAAGCUAUUUCUCAACCAUUUGCAUACUAGUUCUUGGAAAAAUAAAGAAAUUGGUGCUUUUAUAUCAAUAAAUUAGAAACUCAUUUCUUUGACGAUGUGUUUUCAUGGUGUAAUAGUUGAUAAUAAUAAUAAUAUAAAAUGGUUUUCUUUGUUCAUUUCCAAAAGAAGAAGUAAUAAUGUGUGUUUAAAGACAUCAUUACUGAAUAAUCAUUUUUCAGAACGAAUGGAAAAUACUAAUUGAGACAUAGAAAAAAAAAACUAGGCCUCGAGAAGAAAACAUGAAAAGAAUCCAACCUACGCUUAGGUUCCAACCCACAAAGAGAAACAUAUACUUUCCCUCUAAGCUUUCGAGCUUUACCAAACUGACAAAGCACAAGAACCCGACAUCUGCUUCUUUAUAAGCUAACGAUCAUGAAUCAUUUUCAAAUCACAAAGGAAAGUAGAGAAAGUUGAGAAUCAACACAACAUCAACAGUUUUACUAAACUUUGAAGAUAAAAACAAUGGGAUUUCCUAUACGGAUUUUGGUGCUCUUUGCAUUGCUGGCCUUUCCUGCAGCAUGCGUCCACGGUGCAAUCCGCAAGUACACGUUUAACGUGGUAACAAAGCAAAUGACGCGGCUUUGCUCAACGAAACAGAUAGUUACCGUUAACGGUAAGUUUCCAGGACCCACAAUCUAUGCUAAUGAAGACGACACAAUUCUCGUUAACGUCGUCAACAACGUCAAGUAUAAUGUCUCUAUCCAUUGGCAUGGAAUAAGACAAUUAAGAACCGGUUGGGCCGAUGGACCAGCCUACAUAACCCAAUGCCCCAUUAAACCGGGUCACAGCUACAUGUAUAACUUCACGGUCACAGGGCAACGUGGAACACUCUGGUGGCACGCACAUGUUCUCUGGCUCCGAGCUACGGUUCAUGGUGCCAUCGUGAUUCUGCCAAAACCGGGUCUACCUUACCCGUUCCCUAAACCACACAGAGAAGAAGUCAUCGUACUAGGUGAGUGGUGGAAAUCCGAUACCGAAAAUGUUAUUAAUGAAGCAUUAAAAUCCGGUUUAGCACCUAAUGUCUCAGAUGCUCAUGUCAUUAACGGUCAUCCCGGUCUCGUCCCAAACUGCCCAUCGCAAGGUAAUUUUAAAUUAGCGGUAGAGAGCGGGAAAACAUACAUGCUACGACUAGUAAACGCAGCAAUGAACGAAGAGCUCUUCUUCAAGAUCGCUGGCCACCGCUUCACCAUUGUGGAAGUCGACGCCGUCUACGUCAAACCCUUCACCACCGACACAAUCCUAAUCGCUCCCGGUCAAACCACCACCGCCUUAGUCUCGGCCGCCCGUCCCUCAGGAAAAUACCUAAUCGCCGCCGCUCCAUUCCAAGACUCGGCCGUCGUGGCUGUAGAUAAUCGCACAGCCACCGCCACAGUACAUUACUCCGGCACACUAUCCGCCACACCUACAAAAACCACUUCACCGCCAGCUCAGAACGCCACUUCCGUCGCCAACUCGUUUGUUAAUUCUCUCCGAAGUCUCAACUCAGUCACAUAUCCAGCUAAAGUUCCGAUCAAGAUAGAUCAUGAUCUGUUAUUCACCGUGGGACUAGGAAUCAACCGCUGUCACAGCUGUAAGGCCGGUAACUUGUCACGAGUGGUCGCCGCGAUAAACAACAUUACGUUCAAGAUGCCUAAAACUGCUCUGCUUCAAGCGCAUUACUUCAACCUAACCGGGAUUUACACUACCGAUUUUCCAGCUAAACCGCACCAUGUUUUUGAUUUUACCGGAAAACCACCUUCGAAUCUAGCAACCAUGAAAGCCACAAAGCUUUACAAGCUACCGUACAAUUCAACGGUGCAAGUUGUUUUACAGGAUACCGGAAAUGUGGCGCCGGAAAACCAUCCAAUUCAUCUUCAUGGGUUUAAUUUCUUUGUGGUUGGUAUUGGAUCUGGUAAUUAUAACUCCAAGAAAGAUUCCAAGAAAUUUAAUCUUGUUGAUCCGGUGGAGAGGAACACCGUUGGAGUACCUUCUGGUGGUUGGGCGGCCAUCAGAUUCCGAGCAGAUAAUCCAGGGGUUUGGUUUAUGCAUUGCCAUUUAGAGGUGCACACAACAUGGGGACUUAAGAUGGCUUUUCUGGUGGAGAAUGGUAAAGGUCCCAACCAAUCAAUUCUUCCUCCUCCAAGUGAUCUUCCCAAAUGUUGACAACUCCAAAAACAAAUCAAAUUAAUUCUUUUUUUUUUACAUUUUUCAAUUAGAUAUUUGUCUGUAAACUGUCAACAAAGUCAUUGUAUGAUUGUUGUACGCUUUAGUGAAAGGUUGAAACAUGCAUACCCGUUUUCAGCUCACCAACUUUUUGUAACCUACAAAAUUGUGAAACUUUAUCCAUGGUUUAUUCCAAA